AAUGAGUCGAACGCGGAACUAGGGAGCGGGCGGAGUCUGGCGUGGAGCGUUGUUCAGCAGGCCGGGUCUGGCUUUGGGUCCCGGGCCUUCCAGCCGGGGAUUCUCUGCGCCUGCGCCCGCCCGGCUGCCGCCAGCCGCCGGCUCUCCCAGCGCGGCUGUGGUCUCGGCUGCUGCGCGCUGCCUGGGUGUCUGGGCAAUCCAUGGGCAGCAUCAAGGGACACGAUGACAGAUUACGGCGAGGAGCAGCGCAAUGAGCUGGAGGCUCUGGAGUCCAUCUACCCCGACUCCUUCACAGGCAGAUGUCUCUCAGCUACCCCAAUAUAGCUCCAGUCCUGUUCAUGUUCUCUCUCAACCAGCAGUACAUCUGUGCUGUGAGGAUGUUAAGGGGAUGAGUGAAGCGGGGUCUGAGAGUGUCAUUAACUUGCUUGGUUGCACAUUGAUCCAACCCUCCUAACAACUAGUCUUCCAAAAUAUAAAUGGACUCUCCUGACACCACAUUCUCCUUCAGUAGUGCUUCACUUGACAAGGUCCUGCUAAGUGUUAUCAGAAAAUCCACCCAGCUUCACUAUUACUGUGACAUCUGAGGCUGGAGAAAAUGAUGAAACUGUCCAGACUACCCUCAAGUUUACAUACAGUGAAAAGUACCCAGAUGAAGCUCCCCUUUAUGAGAUAUUCUCCCAGGAAAAUCUAGAAGAUAAUGAUAUCUCAAGCAUUUUAAAAUUAUUAGCAUUACAGGCUGAAGAAAAUCUUGGUAUGGUGAUGAUCUUUACUCUAGUGACAGCUGUGCAAGAAAAAUUAAAUGAAAUAGUAGAUCAGAUAAAAACUAGAAGAGAAGAAGAAAAGAAACAGAAAGAAAAAGAAGCCGAAGAAGCUGAAAAGCAAUUAUUCCAUGGCACUCCUGUUACAAUUGAGAAUUUCUUAAAUUGGAAGGCUAAGUUUGAUGCAGAACUUCUGGAAAUUAAAAAGAAACGGAUGAAAGAAGAAGAACAAGCAGGAAAAAAUAAAUUAAGUGGGAAACAGUUAUUUGAAACAGAUCAUAAUCUUGACACAUCUGAUAUCCAGUUCUUGGAGGAUGCUGGAAACAAUGUGGAAGUAGACGAGUCCUUGUUCCAGGAAAUGGAUGACUUGGAGCUGGAGGAUGAUGAGGAUGAUCCAGACUACAAUCCUGCUGACCCGGGGAGUGACUCAACUGACUGAGGGACUGUCCCCAUCUGCAGAGAGGCUUGACUGCCACAGCAUCUGUGGCUAUGCUCGGAGGGUUUUGAUUUUCCUUUCUUUUUUUCUAAGAAAAAAUAAUUUUCAGGAGAAUAUCUUCUGAUAGCUUUCAUCAUUGAACUUAAUAAACUGACCUUAAAAUUUCAAAAAUAA